AAAUCGAUAGGUACUAGUAGGCUCAUUGAGGUAAGCGGGUACGAUGAUAACCACAAGAAAGUAAGAUGUAAAAUGUUUAGCGCACAGCAAUGUUCCGGUUGCUCGCCAAGCUCUAUGCUCAUCCUCCUCUUGACCAGAACGACCAGCCCAAAACCGCCUGAUCUGCAAUGUAUGAUGUACUCGGUUCCCCACUUUACGCCUCGGCCUGGGGCGGCGCACGAUGGCCUGGAUUACGCCUGACAUAAUUUCUCUCGCUGGGACCUAGGUUCUGCGGCGGAGACUUCGGACCAGAGUACAAGUGGCAGCCGUUUAUUCAGCCCUUGUGCAGACUAAGUUGAUCCGCCUCCAGCGCAAGGCUAGCGAGCUUGUCCUAGCACGGGUCUCCGCGACAUAUGGACAGAACUUGACCGCCUUUAAAACCGGCUCUGUGGGUAACGCGCGCAAUGGCACAAUGCUCGAGUGGCCCGACUGAAUAUCCGGAGGUCUUCU